AUGGAUCUAGGACUUGAACGAAUACAAUCUCUGCUGAAAGCGCUUGGCGAUCCCCAAGAUCAACUACAGGCAAUUCAUGUUGCAGGCACUAAUGGCAAAGGCUCAGUGUGUGCAUACACAGCCUCCGUCUUACGUCAGCUUGGCUUGACCGUCGGUCGAUUCAACUCUCCUCAUUUACUCGAGCCCCACGACAGUAUACACGUCAACGAUGGUCCAGUUUCAAAAACCGAGUAUGAACGUACAUGUGCUCAUGUCGAACACGUCAACAAGGAACAUCAGCUUUCAGCUUCGCCUUUCGAACAAUUAGUUGCAGCAGCUCUUUGCAUUUUCUCGGAGCACAAGCUCGACUGGAUUGUUAUAGAAGUCGGGCUGGGUGGCACACUGGAUGCGACAAACGUAUUUAAACAGCCCAAGAUAACGAUUAUCACGGCUAUUGGUUUGGAUCAUGCAGCUAUUCUUGGUGGAACAAUUGAAUCUAUUGCAAAAGCAAAGGCAGGAAUCAUGAAAAGUGGCUGUCGUGCCGUACUUGCACCUCAAGAGGAACCUAAUGUGGUCGAAACUCUGAUUGACGAAGCUCACAGGGUGGGCGCGCCGUACAAGUUGGCCAAGGAGGCUGAACGCGAUGGCGCUGAUGGUGCUUUUCGGCUCGAUUUGGAUGAACACCUAUAUCGAUACACAGUUCCAUUGCGUGGCGAUUAUCAGCGGGCUAACUCUGCGACAGCAAUUACUGCGCUUACUUGGUUACGAGAGACAGGCGAUGUUCAAUUUACCGACGAGCAAUUAAAAGAAGGUGUGGCCCGCACACGAUGGCCCGGCAGACUCGAACAUAUUCCAUCCGGUGUAGUCAAGGGUAUCAAGUUGCCGUCAAUCCUGGUGGACGGUGCGCAUAACCCUCCUGCUACACGCGCGUUACGAAAAUAUGUCGAUAGUCUUAAUCCACAGACUGUUGUUUGGGUUAUUGGUGUAACUUCUGGAAAGAACAUUGACGAAAUGCUGCAAAUUUUGUUACGACCCCAGGAUACUCUCUUUGCUGUACCGUUUUCCCAACCCGUCGGGAUGCCCUGGAUCCAAAGUGUGCCACCCUCGGAAAUCGAAACCGCUGCUUCCAAUUUACGGUGUUUCUACUUGACCGAGCUUCUCGUUGUCUCGUAUCAGACAUAUACAAAUGACCUGGUUCAAAAACUGUCUGUUUAA